GCAAGGAGGGUGGCGCGUUUUUGAAGCGCGAGCUGCUGAUUGAUCGCUCUCUUUUCGGUUGGGUCAGCUCGUGGGACGGCGGAGAGGGAGAGAGAGGGGUGUGUGUGUGUGCUCGUGUGGUUCAGUGUGUGUCCCCCAUCCUCGGCAGCUGCAGUUCCUCUCGUAAACACUCACGCGGCCACACCGAGCACAGAACAAGGACGUCCUCCUCGAGCCUGCACGAGAGAGAUGCUAGUCGUGAGCAGCUAAUAAGCGCCCCGAUUUUCCAAUCGAGAACUUCAUUUUCGGAGGGCGAGCCGACACGAGCCAUUUUGGACGGAUUUAACCGCCGGACAGGACGGCCAGUCAGGGACAUCCUCACGAUUCUCGUCUGAUACCUUUCACGCGGUGAAGAAGGAAAGGAAUUAAAAGCCAUCAUGAAUUUCGUCAUGAAACAGGCGCUCGGAGGCGCCACUAAGGACAUGGGCAACCUGAUGGGGGGAGGCGAGGAGAAGGACCCCGAGAAGGAGGAGAAGAAGAAGAAGGAGGCGGAGGAGCGGGAGGAGGCGCUGAGGCAGCAGGAGGAGGAGCGCAAGGCCAAGUACGCCAAGAUGGAGGCCGAGAGGGAGGGCGUCCGACAGGGCAUCAGAGACAAGUACGGCAUCAAGAAGAGGGAGGAGAAGGAGGCAGAGGCAGCAGCGGAGGCGGAGGCAGCGUCCGAGGGCUCUCUGACCCGACCCAAGAAGGCCGUGCCGGCCGGCUGCGGAGAUGAGGAGGAGGAGGACGCCAGCCUCAUGGAGACCGUCAUGAAGUUCCUCCCCGGGCCCCUCAACAACGUCUUAGACAUGUUCAACAAGAAAUAAACACACACAUACACACACAAAAACAUACACUUCCACUUACUCUAAAAGAAAUCAACACACAACAUUGUCUUUUAAGACAUAUUCUUAAAGAAACAAACACACACAAACACUGUAGACAUGUUCAAAAAGAAAUGAAACACACACACACACACACACACAUAUAGCACACACAUGACAUAACCUUCUCCUUCUUUCUGUCAGCGCUCUACUGCUCUCUGCUAAACAACCCCAGGCCUGUAGUCAGCUGACUGCACUCACACCUGCCGUCCAAGCCUGUGUGUGUGUGUGUGUGAGAGAGAGAUUGUGUGUUUGAGUGUGUGUGCGUCUGUUGUAAGUGGCAGGUGUGGAGCUUUGCUCUUUGAGGACUCCAGGCCCCGGUUGGCUCUGGCAAAUCCAUUUCCUGUGUAAAUAGCCUCUGAAAUAUAGAUCAUAUCUAUGAGUAACAUUAUAUAUAUAUAUAUGAUGACUAUAAGCCAUACUUUUAACUUGGGGAAAGAGAGAAAAAAAGAAAACAAUCCCAGUAUCCUAUCAUAUGUGUUCAACUGUGUUCCUUAGUCUUGAUGUUCAGUGAACCCGAUGUCUUUUCAUAGGCUGAUCAGCUGCCAGUGGGAUCUACGUUUUGAUUAGUGUUCCCUCGUUAACAAGCACACACACACUCACACACAUGCACCCAUCAUGUUCUGCGUUCCAAUGAGUCAAAUCUGGUUCUAAAAGCAUGCCCAUCCUCUCUGUGACUGCUGUAGACUGUCUGUACCGUUCUCAUGCUGUCUGGUGUUUGUAGUUCAAUAUAUUUCAUAUUUAAGGCAAUAAUAUUUGGGCUUUAUGUUCUCGAUGUCCUAUAAGUGGCGCUGUUUUGUUCCGUGCUCUCUGUCUCUAUGCUGUUCUUUGUUACUCAGAUUAUUCUAUUGCCAUGACGAGCUCAUUGUUCUGAUGAAUCUAUUGCCAUGACAAGCUCAUUGUUCUGAUGAUUCUAUCUCCAUGGCGAGCUCAUUGUUUUGAUGACACUAUUGCCAAUAUGAGUGUGGGCAUAUCUGAUUGGCCCAGAUGGCUCUCAUGAAUAUUAAUUAGUCUGGAGUUAUAGGGCUAGCUCUGUGUUUGUGAUUCUCAUACACCCUGCUGUAGAUAGACUGAUUUGAUGUUUCUAUUAUGAUUAUUAUUAUAAUAUAUUGAUAUUAUUCUGAUUUUAUUGGCACAACUAGGUUGUGUGUCCACAUGAUGUGAGCAGACAGUGACAAUGGUGCAAUACUAGCUCUACAUGAAGUUGCUCUGUGUUUGUGUUUGACUAUGGGAGUCAGCAAUAGCAGACAAUCUUCAUCUCUGUGUAUUCAGCUAAUGUGAAUGUCAGUGUGUGUGUGUGUGUGUGUGUGUGUGUGUGUAUGAGUAUGUGUGUGAAAUGUGUGUGAGUGUGUGUGUGUGUGAGUGUGUGUGUGUAUGUGUGUGUUUGUGUGUGUGUGUGUGUGUGUGUGUGUAUGAGUCUGGGUGUCUUCCAGAUGGACUGGGUGGAGUUACAGAGAGAUGAUGGGUGUGGUCUUUGAGGGUGUUGAGAGGAGGGGAAGAAUGAGAAGAUAAGCGACGGAGAGGAAAAGAGGAGAGGAAAAGAGGAGUAAGGAGGGAAUGUAGCCUUGUAGCCUUUUAGUGUGAUGGCUUUGUGCGUGUGAGUAGAGAGUGCUGCUAAAUCAGUCUGUGUGCAUUCGUGUUCUCUCACACCCUCUCAACAUGCAGUACAAUCCUUCCACAGACGCGCAGAUCCCCGCGCACAGAUCUCGCUGCCCCCAGACCAGCCCGAGUGAGGGAGGAGAGGCUUAGAAGCGAUGUAUCUUAGCUACCACCUGCCAUUCUACUGUUCAGACAUUCCAGUGGUCCAUAGACAUUCCGCCUGGCCUAGCAGAGCCCCUCUGGCGCGAGCAUAACCUCUCCGGGCCUAGCGUAGCCUCGUAGUGUGCUAACACAGCUUCUCUAGAGCUAGCAACGCCCUUAGCGAGGUAGCACUGUCUCUUUGGGGCUAGCGUCGGCUCUCUGGAGCUAGUGUGGCCUAGUAGCAAGCUAACGCAGCCUUGUAGCGUGCUAGCAUAGGCCAAGUCACGCACAGCGCCGGUGCUGCCGCGAUGACCUUGCCGUAACGUGACGUGUCUUUUGAGUGUGACAUGGGCAAACGCUGUAGGCUCAGGCAGAGGCCAGCAUAACGUAAUCAGUUACCGCCAUCAGCUACCUAACCUGCCAUUUAGAUUUACCUAUGAAACCAGCCAAUUUAUUACGCUCCUGGGGGGACAGAGGGGGGACCAAUUAGCAGGCUCCUGGUUGCUUUAAAUGACCUUGUGAGCUUUGGCCACUGCGGUCAGGAUCUGACUGCAUGUUAAGGUCAAAGCCAACACAAGGUCAUUGCGUGACAGAGGUCAAGCCUAGCUCGACCAAGGUCAUCAGACAAUGCCCACCGGGGGAGAUGGAUAUGCGUAAGGACGUUUAGCUUUUUGUUUUUGUUUUUUCCCCUUGCAAGGUGUGUGUCUGUGUUAUUUAAUUAGAUUUCACCACACACACACACACCCACACACACACACACACACACUCUAUUACCAAGUCCUAUCCAUUAAUCCCACCUUCAAAUGUGUUGCCAUGGUGAUGCUGUGUGUAUGAAUAACUGCCCAGAGAGCACAUUCGUAGAGCACAUUUGUGUAUGUAUGUAUGUAUGUCUGUGUGUGUGAGUGUGUGUGUGUAUGUGCUGUGUGAUAUGACAUGAUGUGAUGUUCUGAAACUGCCUCCAGCCUGUUCUGCAAUCAGCUGAUCAAGUGCUGUCCAGCACACACAACUCUUCCCAACAAUCAUGUUAUUACACCCUCAAUAUAUAUAUGUGUUAUUACAUAUAUGCUACAACAUGCUUAUAACAGAUAUAUUGUCACUAUGUUUUUUUUUCUCCUUUGCCAUGCCAACUCCUGAGGCUUUUUUGUUUUCUAAAACCAAAGACUGUUCUGUCACAUGACACACUGCCCGGCUUCAUGAGCUCUUCCUGUGUGAUGUAUUUGAUUUCUUUGGGGGUCUUUCUUCCUGUUUGAGCUGGUGGGGUCGACUGUUUGAGAUUCUACUGCUUCUACUGCGGCUCACACACACACACACCACCCGUCUGGCAGGAAGUACAAGUUACCACCAGGCUUCUGAUUGGCUUUGCAGGCACACAGGUCGUACAGAUGAGGUGCUUCCCAGAGCUGCGCUCUCUCUCAUGCACACGACACACACACACACACACACACACACACACACACACACACACACACACACACACACACACGCACACGCACUAACACAAAUAUAUAAACUCAAACCACACAUACCCCCCCACACACACACACUUCCACAAACAUAUAAACUCAAACCACACACACACACACACACGCACACACACACUGAGCACUGAGCAAGAGAAGCUGGCUGCUGGAUAGUCCCUCUUAACAAAGUUCUUUAUUUACGCAUUCUCUCCUCCUCCCAUGUUCUGCAGUAUAAUGAUGUGAGUGGGUUCUCCUGGGUGGGUUCCUUGCUGGUUCUCUCAUGUUCUAUGCUCUUGAUGUUCUUGUCUCUGGGGUUCUCACCCGGCUCUUUCUCCUUCCUGUUGUUGAGUUGGUGCAUUUAUUUAGUACUGUAAACCUCUCUCUCUCUCUCUCAAUCUCUCUAUCUCGCUCUCACUCUCUCUCUCUCUCCCUCUUUCUCUCCCUCUCCCUGGCUCCCUCUCUCUCUGUGGUGUGUUGCAUGCCUGUGGUGUGUGUCGUAGCGCAGCAUCUGUGUGUGUGUGUGUCCGUGUUUUAAGAGGCCCCCUGCGGGGGGUCUUGCAUGCCAGUCCGACGGACGCUAGACUGUAUCCGCUCCUGUCCGAUGGAAUCACCACCCACUACCAAUAAAGUGAUUUCAUACGA